AUGAAUCCGUUUCGCAGUCCAUGUCGCGCACUCGCCAAACAUGUGAGUCGUCGUUCCAGCGCAGUCUUGGCGCCCGCGGCCUCGAGUCAACAACAGCCGGUGUUGCAGGUACAACUUCGUUAUGCGUCUGCCGGUACUGCCCGGCCAAAGACGGCCAUUUUCUUUCCCGGGCAAGGGGUUCAGAAGGUGGGCAUGCUCACGCCCUGGAUAGAAGCCUUUCCCGUCACGGCCAUGCCCAUCAUUCAAGAAAUUGACGAUACCGUGGGGUACAAGCUUUCCAGCAUAAUACAGGAGGGACCUGGGAAGGUGCUCACCCUGACUCCGAAUGCGCAGCCGGCUAUCAUGGCGACGUCCAUCCUGAUACUGCGCAUCCUGGAGAAGGAGUUCGGCUUCAAGACGUCCGAGCGCGCCGACUUUAUGCUGGGCCACUCCCUCGGCGAAUUUGCCGCGCUGGUGUCGAGCGGCUAUCUUGAGUUCGAAGACAGCCUCUUCCUGGUCCAAAAACGCGCCGAGGCCAUGGCGGCAGCCACGCGGCGCGCCGAAGAGGAGUACGGCGGCGAGUAUGGCAUGGUGGCCAUCGUGAGCGAGCCCGAGUACAUGCCGUCGUUGAUCAACGCGAUUCACGAGUUUGUCGGCUACAGCAGCCUCGGGACCAAGUCGGAGAGCGCCGAGGACUGGCCGCCCAUCGACCAGGUGCUCAUCGCCAACAUCAACAGCAAGAACCAAAUCGUGCUGAGCGGCAACAUUGAGCGCAUCAAGACGCUGGUCGCGCACGUCAGGCAGUUCUCGGGCCAUGACCCGCGCGCGGUGCGGCUCAAGAGCGAUAGCCCGUUCCACAGCCCCCUAAUGAAACCUGCCGUGACGGUGAUGCAAAGCCUACUGGCGGGCACCAGCCGGGUCAAGGGGAGAGAUGGCGAGGAUAUCGUCACGUGGCCCGGAAAGGUGCCAUGUAUCAGCAACGUCACGGCACGGCCCUUCGAGAGCAAGGCGGAGCUGAAGGAUCUAUUGGCGAGGGGGUGCCUCGAGACGGUGCGGUGGUGGGACAGCAUAAGGUAUCUCGACCAGGAGCAGAAGGUCCGGAGGUGGGUGGGCAUUGGUCCCGGCUACGUCGGGCGGAACCUGGUCGGGAAGGAGGUGGGCAUGAGAGGGAAGGAUACGAUCAAAGGUGGCGGCGUCUGGGCGAUUACGGACCCGAGCGAGAUCGAGGAGGUGCUCAGAGGGCUGGAAGAGACCGAAUGCCUUGUGGAUGAGGAGUGA